ACUGUUGCACACAUUCACACUUGCUGAAUAGGAAGAACAGAGCAGUCAAACUUAUGUGCCAGCACAAAGACCGUGCCUAAGAUUGUGUUCACGGACCAUAGCAGAUCAAAGGGAUCAGGUAACACCAUAUCUGAAUGAAAAAUGUCAGAGAAUAUUCUGGAGGACAUUUUUAUAAAGCGCUCCCAGCAAAAGAAGAAAACUUCACCCUUAAACUUCAAAGAGAGGUUGUUUGUAUUAACACAGGAUAAAAUUGCAUACUACGACUAUGACUUUGAAAAAGGAAAAAAGAAAGGGUUAAAGGGGUCUGUGGACAUUGACAAGAUUAAAUGCGUUGAGAUUGUGAUUCCAGAGGACAAUGCCCCUCCAGAACGACUGUUUCCACUUCAGAUAGUCUAUGAUGAGGGACCACUCUACAUGUUUGCCAAAACAGACGAUGUGCGAAAGCAGUGGAUACACAAACUAAAGCAUGUGGUGCGGUUCAACAAGGACCUAAUGCAGAAAUACCAUCCUUGCUUUUGGGAGGAUGGCAUGUGGAAAUGUUGUCAGCAGGAAGUUAAGCAGGCUGUGGGCUGCAGAGUGCUGGAGACAAGAAAUGGAGGGUUCUCCAAAGGAUCUCGACGUAAAUCUAGAAAACCUCUCCCACCUACACCAGAAGAGGAAAAGCCCAUUAGACCUCUGCCCCCACAGCCACCAAAGCAGCCUGGCUUCUCAGUGGGCAUGACAGUCAUUGCUGAGUAUGACUACAGUCCAAUGGCCCCCCAAGACCUGGAGUUGAGGAAGGAUGAAGAGUAUACAAUCUUGCAAAUAUGUGAUGCCAAUUGGUUUAGAGCUAAAGAUCAAUAUGGCAAUGAAGGAUACAUUCCAAGUAACUAUGUUGUUGAGGCCUUGAAUGGAUUGGAGAAAUUUGAAUGGUAUUGCAAGAACAUGAAUCGUAGUCAAGCAGAAAAUCUACUUAAAACAGAGAAUAAAGAUGGAGGCUUUCUGGUGCGAGACUCUGGAAGAUACACUGGAAAAUACACUGUAUCUGUUUUCACAAAGGGUGGUGGGGAAAAUGUUGGCAGCUGUCGACACUACAACAUAUUAACCACCCAACAAGGCCUGUUCUAUUUGGCAGAGAAGCACUAUUUUAGCAAUAUUCCAGAACUCAUCAAUUACCAUCAGCACAAUGCUGCAGGACUGGUGAGCAGACUAAAAUAUGUUGUGUCUAAUCGAACUCAGAAUGCUCCAUCCACUGCUGGUUUGGGUUAUGGUGUCUGGGAGAUUGAUCCUCGCCAGCUCACCUUUAUCAGAGAGCUGGGUAAUGGACAGUUUGGGGUCGUCAAGUAUGGAAAGUGGCAAGGUCGGCAUGAUGUAGCCAUCAAAAUGAUCAAAGAGGGUUCUAUGUCAGAAGAUGAUUUCAUUGAAGAGGCUAAAGUUAUGAUGAAACUUCGACAUGAAAACCUAGUUCAACUUUAUGGUGUUUGCACAAAACAAAGACCUAUUUACAUAGUCACAGAGUUUCUACCCAAUGGAUGUCUACUGACCUAUCUACGGGAGGACCUGCAACACCCCUCUGCUGUUCAGCUUCUUGAGAUGUGUAAAGAUGUCAGUGAAGGAAUGGCCUACCUGGAAUCCCAGCAAUACAUCCACAGAGACCUUGCUGCCAGGAAUUGCUUAGUAGAUUCAAACGGGACUGUUAAAGUGACAGAUUUUGGCUUGUCGAGGUAUGUCCUUGAUGACGAGUAUAUGAGCUCUGCUGGCUCAAAGUUUCCUGUACGCUGGUCACCUCCUGAAGUACUGCUUUACUGCAAGUUCAGCAGCAAGUCAGAUAUCUGGGCAUUUGGUGUUUUGAUGUGGGAAAUCUACACACUCGGCAGAAUGCCAUAUGAACGUAUGAAUAACACAGAGAUAGUGGAUAAGGUUGCUGCUGGGUAUAGACUGUAUCGUCCUCAGAUGGCCAAUGACAGAAUCUACUCUGUAAUGACCACCUGUUGGCAUGAGAAAGCAGAUGAACGACCAACUUUCCAGGAUCUUGUGAUUAUUAUUCAAGAUGUGCUGGACAAUCUCUAUGAGACAAGUUAAAACACUGCCCAUCAGUUGCCCAGAGCUGGCUGUACCACUUUAAGGCCAUUUAAAUUAUUUGAAUGCCUUUUCUACUUUUACCAUUACUUGCUACUUUUUUUCCUCUUGAAGUGUAAAGCUAUAAUUAAAACUUCCAAAGUGAAAUGUCACACAAGAUCAUUACUUAUGAAUUUAACUUGUGUAAUUUGUGUAACUUGCUAUAAAUGUCUUUACAAAGUACCAUAUAUGAAGUCAUGUAUAUGAUGUAUUUGAAUAAAUUGACAAAGGUUUUAAUCAA